CAUUCCCGAAGACCCGCCCUCGCCAAGAUGGCGGCGCCCAGUUUUGGCCGGUUCGUCUGCUCCGCGUUUUGGCCGGGGCCGGGGUCUGGGCUUUAGGAAGGUAGUAUUUAGUUUCACAAUGUUUGGGGACCUAUUUGAAGAGGAUUAUUCCAGUGUGUCAAAUAAUCAGUGUGGAAAAGGGAAGAAAUUAAAGACUAAAGCUUUGGAGCCACCUGCUCCUAGAGAAUUCACCAAUUUAAGUGGAAUCAGAAAUCAGGGUGGAACCUGUUACCUCAAUUCCCUUCUUCAGACUCUUCAUUUCACACCUGAAUUCAGAGAAGCUUUAUUCUCUCUUGGUCCAGAAGAGCUUGGUUCAUUCGAAGAUAAAGAUAAACCUGAUGCAAAGGUUCGAAUCAUACCUUUACAGUUACAGCGCCUGUUUGCUCAGCUUCUGCUCUUGGACCAGGAAGCUGCAUCCACAGCAGACCUCACUGACAGCUUUGGGUGGACCAGCAAUGAGGAGAUGAGGCAACAUGAUGUGCAGGAACUGAACCGAAUUCUCUUCAGUGCUUUGGAAACUUCUUUAGUUGGAACCUCUGGCCAUGACCUCAUCAAUCGUCUGUAUCACGGAACUAUCAUUAACCAGAUUGUUUGUAAAGAAUGUAAGAACAUCAGUGAGAAGCAGGAAGACUUCUUAGAUCUAACAGUAGCAGUCAAAAAUGUAUCUGGUUUGGAAGAUGCACUCUGGAACAUGUACGUAGAAGAGGAAGUUUUUGACUAUGACAACUUGUACCACUGUGGAACUUGUGACAGGCUGGUUAAAGCAGCAAAGUCGGCCAAAUUACGUAAGCUGCCUCCAUUUCUUACUGUUUCAUUGCUAAGAUUUAAUUUUGAUUUCGUGAAAUGUGAACGCUACAAAGAAACUAGCUGUUAUACGUUCCCUCUCCGGAUCAAUCUCAAGCCUUUUUGUGAACAGAGUGAAUUGGAUGACUUAGAAUAUAUAUAUGACCUCUUCUCAGUUAUUAUACACAAGGGUGGCUGCUAUGGAGGACAUUAUCAUGUAUAUAUUAAAGAUGUUGAUCAUUUGGGAAACUGGCAAUUUCAAGAGGAGAAUAAUCUAAUUACUGUUGAGCAGCUGGGCCAGAAACUCUUGAAAAAGAUGGGAAUAUCUUGGAAUAAGAAAUACAGAAAGCAGCAUGGGCCACUGAGAAAGUUCUUACAGCACCAUUCUCAGAUAUUUCUACUCAGUUCAGAUGAAAGUACAGUUAGUCUAUUGAAGAACUGUUGUCUCCAGGCUGAGUCUGAUUUCCAAAGCAAUGAUCAACAGAUUUUCAAGACACUUGCUUCAGAAUCCUUGGGAUUAAACAAUAGUAACUCCUGUCCUCACUGGUUUGAUAUAAAUGAUUCCAAAGUCCAACCAAUCAAGGAAAAGGAUAUUGAACAGCAAUUUCAGGGUAAAGAAAGUGCCUAUAUGUUGUUUUAUCGGAAAUCCCAGUUACAGAGACCCCCUGAAGCUCGAGCUAAUCCACGGUAUGGAGUUCCAUAUCAUUUGCUGAAUGAAAUGGAUGCAGCUAACAUUGAACUGAAAACAAAAAGGGCAGAAUGUGAUUCUGCAGACAAUAAUUUCGAAUUGCAUCUCCACCUGGGCCCUCAAUAUCAUUUCUUCAAUGGGGCUCUGCACCCAGUAGUCUCUCAAACAGAAAGCGUGUGGGAGUUGACUUUUGAUAAAAGAAAAACUUUAGGAGAUCUCCGACAAUCAAUAUUUCAGCUGUUAGAAUUUUGGGAAGGAGAUAUGGUUCUUAGUGUUGCAAAGCUUGUACCUGCAGGACUUCACAUUUACCAGACACUCAAAGAUUGGGGGUCUGUGUGCAGUGCCUGUGGGAAUUCAGAAGGGAGUGAGCUGAGUAGCUGUACUGAGUUAGGGAAUGGAGGUGGUUUGGAGGUUGGUGGAGUCCAGAUUCAAACUGGUAUUGACUGCGAACCUCUGCUUUUAAAUGUUCUUCAUCUAGACACAAGCAGUGAAGGAGAAAAGUGUCAGCAGGUGAUAGAAUCUCCACACGUCUUUCCGUCUAAUGCAGAAGUGGGCACUGUCCUCACAGCCUUAACAAUCCCAGCAGGUGUUGUCUUCAUAAACAGUGGUGAGUGUGCGGGUGAGGAGAGCUGGACUGCCAUUCCCAAGGAAGACAUGAAGAAAACGUUCAGAGAACAAGGUCUCAGAAACGGAAGCUCGGUUUUAAUUCAGGAUUCUAAUAAUGAAGAUAACAGUUUGUUCACCAAACACGGGAAAUGGACUAGUAUAAAUAAGGUCGACUGGCUCCAAGUUAAAAAUUUAUGCCAAUUAGAAUCUGAAAAGAAGCAAGUUAAAGUAUCAGCAACUAGUAACACAGUGGUGUUUGAUAUUCGAAUUAAAGCCAUAAAGGAAUUAAAAUUAAUGAAGGAACUAGCUGAGAACAGCUGUUUGAGACCUAUUGAUAGAAACGGGAAGCUGCUUUGCCCAGUACCAGACUGUUAUACUUUGAAGGAAGCAGAAUUGAAGAUGGGGAGUUCAUUGGGCCUGUGUCUUGGAAAAGCACCAACUUCCUCUCAGCUAUUCCUGUUUUUCGCAAUGGGGAGUGAUGUUCAACCUGGUACAGAGAUGGAGAUCAUAGUAGAAGAAACAGUAUCUGUGAGAGAUUGUUUAAAGAUAAUGCUGGAGAAAUCUGGCCUGCCAGAAGUCAUAAGUGACAAAAAAGAAUUUCUAUAUUCCCAGGAUGCAACACUGAAAGAGCUUAUGAUAUCUUCUGGAGAUACUUUGCUUUUAAUGGAAGGAAAACUUCCUCCUCUGGGUUUCUUGAAGGUGCCCAUCUGGUGGUACCAGCCGCGGGGUCCCUCAGGACACUGGGAGAGCCAUCAGGACCACACCAACUGUAUCCCUUCUCAAGGCAGGGUGUGGAGAGCUGCUUCCACCCAAGGUGCUCCUGGGAACGUGCCUGCGGAAGGUUCUGUCCUCUAUGUGGGAGACGUAGAGAUCUCAGAAGAUGCUGUGCUGGCGGAUCUGAAGACUCAGGCCAUGACGUUGCACCCUUUCCUGGAGUCUGGUGUUCCGUCCCCAGCCUUCCUCAGAGCCUGGACGGUGGAGAGUAAGCGCCCAGGCAGGCUUUUACGAACCAACCGGCAGCCGCUCAAGGAAUAUAAACUAGGACGGAGAACAGAGAUCUGCUUAGAGCCCCUUCAGAAAGAAGAAAACCUGGGCCCCCAGGACGUGCUGCUGAGGACACAGAUGCGCAUCCCAGGGGUGAGGGCCUACGCGCCGGCCGUGGACUUGGUGUGGGACACCGCCCGAGGCUGGACUGCCGGCUCCCUGAGGCAGAGGGUCGCCCAUUUCUAUUCUCUUCCUGUGGAGAAAACUGAAAUUGCCAAAUACUUCCCUGAAAAGUUCGAGUGGCUUCCAAUAUCUAGCUGGAACCAGCAAAUCACCAAGAGAAAAAAGAAGAAAAAGCAAGACAGUUUGCAAGGGGCACCUUAUUACCUGAAAGAUGGAGAUACUAUUGGUGUUAAGAAUCUCCUGGUUGAUGACGAUGACGAUUUCAGUACAAUCAGAGACGACACUGGAAAAGGAAAACAGCAACAACUCGCUCUGGGGAAGAAGGAAAGCCGAGAAGCCCUCCGCGUGCAGAGCAGUGGCCUCCUCUCCAGUGCAGACACACCUGGCCGGCCCCGAGGACAAGAAGCUUCUCUUUCGAUCCAUGUUGGGAGUUUCAGAUAGCUCUGGCCACAGCAGGCCUCCCGGGACACGGGGCCCAGGCUCUGCGCCCCAGCACGGCCAUCUGGUCGAUUCCACGAAAGCGAGUGUCGUCGGGUUGUGGAGGGACCAGCGGGUUCCUGUGGAGCCUCAGGUCCCAAACUCUGCUUCGUCACAAGCACAGGACAUCUCCUCUCGGGCCAGGCAGGUGCACUCGGUCGCUCAGCCCGCGACACGCGCCAAC